AUGUUGCAGAAUCACAUGGUUCGUAGUUGUACUUUCAAAGAUUUCAUAUUUGCUUGGCCUAUGGGUGGCAAAAACUUGAAGUGGGGUAGCUUGUGGAUCACAGGUCCGUCAAUGGUCGCAUGGCAAAUUUGGAAAGAACGAAACAAAAGAGUUUUUAGGGAGGAAGAAUUGGAUGUUACAAUACUCAUCAACAGAAUCCAUGUGACAAUUGAAGAAAAUGUAAAUGCUAAGAUAUAUGGACAUAGCUACAGAUUAUACUCCAAGUGGGAUAUGGAAAUGGAGCAGAGUAAGCUUCUGAAAGAUCUCUUUAACAGAGAGGAGGAAUUUCAACAUAUUGAUGAAGGAACUCAAUUGCUAAAGGAUAGUUUGGGAAGGGCAGGGUCUGACGAGCGUUUUCUCAUAAUCCUAGAUGAUAUCGAUCAUCACGACCAGUUACGUGAUUUUUUAUUUCAGGAUCUUCUCUACCCUGGUAGCUUAGUAAUCGUCACAACCCGUGACGAAGGUGUGUUAAUGGCUGCACAUAUCAGUAAUCGUUAUAAGAUGAAAACAAUGUAUGGUAACCAUGCAACAGAGCUCUUCCGUAGACAUGCUUUCCGGGGAAACGCUCCAACCUUUCCAUGUGGGCAGCUGGUUGAAAAGUUCGUGGAAUUCUGUGGAGGUUUACCUCUCUCACUUAAAGUGCUGGGUACCCAUGUUUGUGGAAGGGAUGAAAACUAUUGGAAGUUAGAAUUGGAAAAAGUUGGGAAUAUCCACCCUAAUGAAGUCAUGCAAUGUCUUAAAAUCAGCUUCGACAGUUUGGAGGAGGAGGAGAAACAAAUAUUUAUGGAUAUUGCGUGUUUCUUUAGUGGCAAAUCAAAAGAUAUGGCUAUAAGAAUAUGGAAGGCGUCCCAGUGGAAGUGGGCUGAACACGCAGUUCAAAUCCUGCUAGAUAAAUGCCUUGUUAAAGUAGAGCAUGAUGAAAAUGAAGCAACAUAUUCAUUUAGGAAGGAAAGAGGAGAUGCACGAUGGGAAAGAAUUCCUUCAUGGAUUCCUUUGACACAGUUGCAGUAUUUAGGUGUUUGUAGGCUUCAAGAAAUGUGGAGGAUUCCCUCAGGGCAACUCGAUACUCAGGACAGCUUUCAGUUGAGGUGGCUGAUGCUUCACGGUUGUCGUAGACUGCGAAAUCUUCCAGCUUUAAUGAAAAUGUUAAAUCAUUUGGAAGAAUUAAUUAUAAUUGAGGGAGAAUCAAGCAUUGAAGGGACGUCUUUGUCAAAAUCACUUGCAAAACUCAGCAGUCUUAAAACUUUGAGUUUAUUCGGUGUGCCAAUAGAUGGAGAACUGGUUCUAAGUAAUACUAGAUGUUCAACUCAUUUGGACUCUUCUACAAACAGCUGCAUGCAUAAACUUGGAAUGAUAUCCUUUACAUGGACGCUGGAGAUUCUUUUAUUGGAUUGUUGUUGGAAUCUGAAAGCAAUAUCAGGGUUGUCUUCUCUAACAAGUCUUAAAGACUUGAGCAUAUAUGGAUGUUACCAGUUGGAGAGUAUAGAAGGUAUUCAAGAGUUGGAAGAAUUGAGAAGUCUGGUAAUUCAGGCAUCUCGACAUACAGGCGUAUUGAAUUUCAUUUCUGGACUGCAGAGACUGCCAUCAGAUUCUACUAUUAUAAGGGCGGAGGCAGCUGGUGAAGCAGUGGAAAGAUUAAAUGUAAAUCUAUUCUCUGACGUGAUCGGUGGCCAUGCAAUCGCUGAGAUUAAGAGUAGUAGUGAUUAUCGUCACAAGUUGGGGGAGAUUCGUCGCUCAUCCAAUGCAAUCAUUGUUUGCGCCUUCCAUAUAUCGGCAGGUUACGCUUAUUUUCUUGAGGAUUAUUCCCAACUAGAACUUAGUUUUUAUUCCCAAGUAGAACAGAUAGUAACAGUUGUACACACAGGGCAGCGUAAUCUUAAAGUAAGCAAGCCUGGAGAAGCUGAAAUACUUAAAGGGUUUGUGGCUACCGUGGAUAGAGGCGAAGAAGAAUCGAAAGCCUUAAGUGUGUUCAGAAUCAUUGUUGAUCGUUUAUACCUACAGAGUAUGCGCUCAACCAUUAACUAUUGCUAA